GGAGAAAACCGAAUUGGUAAGGAGGAGGAGAGACUAGAGACCAGCCCAUGUGUACACGCUUCUCCUCUCAACAAUAAAUUUUGCUUUGACAACGGAACGUGAACGGCCUUUUUAUCCACUUAGGUCACAGAGAGAGAGAGAGAGAGAGAGAGAGAGAGAGAGAGAGAGAGAGUUGAAUCCUCCUGCAUCGAUCGGUAUGGAGAAGGAUAAGAAGAAGAAGACGAUGGAGUGGUUUUGGCCGGAGAAGAACGACGGCGGAGUUAUUUUGGAGGCGGAGAAUGUGGCGGCCGAACAUUUAUCUAAAGACGGGACAAUGAGCCAUUACAGUUUCAGCAAAGGUCUUCUUCCGCCGCUCGGAGUCGGAGCCGCCGGUCGUUCUGGCCGUCGUAUUAAGCUUCGCUGCUUUAUCGUCUCUCCCUUCGAUCCUCGCUACAGAGCGUGGGAUUGGUUUCUAGUGGUUUUGGUGCUCUACACAGCAUGGGCUUCACCUUUUGAGUUUGGGUUCCUGCAAACACCUAGAGCACCUCUCAGUAUUCUUGAUAACAUUGUCAACGGGUUUUUCGCUGUUGAUAUUGUUCUGUCAUUCUUUGUUGCCUUCUUAGACAAGUCAACUUAUCUCCUUGUCGAUGAUCCCAAGAGAAUAGCUUGGAGAUAUACCUCCACUUGGCUUAUUUUUGACAUCGUAUCUACAGUUCCUUAUGAACUUUUUGCCAGCUUAUUGCAUAAGACUAUCCAAGGAUAUGGGAUUUUCAGUAUGCUGCGUCUAUGGCGUCUCCGCAGGGUCAGUAAAUGUUUUGCCAGAUUGGAGAAAGAUCGGAAAUUCAGCUACUUCUGGAUUCGAUCCACGAAACUUUACCUUGCUGCUCUCUUUGUGGUUCACUGUGGCGCCUGCUUCUGCUAUUCUAUUGCUGCACAUUACCCAGAUCCCUCAAUGACAUUUAUGGCACUUGCUGAGGAAAAUUGGACAAAGAAAAAUUUGCUUAUCCGGUAUGUUACAGCAAUGUAUUGGUCCAUAACAACUUUCUCAACAACGGGUUAUGGUGAUAUACAUGGUAACAAUGCAAGCGAGAGGGCCUUCAUCCUCUUCUACAUGAUAUUUAAUCUUGGAUUGCUAGCUUAUAUAAUUGGUAAUAUGACCAACUUGGUGAGAGAGAGAGAGAGUUGA